AUGAGCGUACCGUCGAUCACUACAUCUUCUUCUCCCAACCGGAUAGACAGCUGUCUUACGGAAGAGGAAGUGCAACAUGCUUUGGACGUGUUUUGUGAGACUGACUGUGAGGAUCUUUACAAGAGUGAAAACUACAAGUUCGCAUUUUUGGUCCUGAAAAGUAACGGAAACGUAGCUAAGCGGAUUGUUGAAAAGUGGCUCGACCAUGAUGGAAACAUCUCUACGGCAUAUCUCAGUAUCGAUCUCGAGCCUCCAAGUGACCUGAGCAGAGCUCUUUACGACUGGGCGGUCAUCAAGAUUCCUGAGACACCAGAGACCUUGUCGUUCAUCAAGAAGGGUUUGACGGGAAUGGCACAGCCGAUGGUUUUCGUUCCCUUGCAGGAUUGGAAUUCUGAAAAUGGGUGCCCCUGGACGGACGAUGAGAUCAAGGCGGGCGAGGGAGUUGUGAUUUCGGGCUCUGAAUCAAUCCAGUUUCCAGGCUCGGGGUUCUGCAUACUAAUCGUGAUUCGUCUGCAGCCUUCGGAGCCUGACCAUGCUAUCGCACUCUAG